AUGUCCCGCUACGUCCUCACCUUCUUCACCCCGCCGCCCUCGCUCGCCGUCAUCAAGCGCGCCCUAUUCGCCACAGGCGCCGGCCAGUACCCCAACUACGCCGAGUGCUGCUUCGUCACGCCCGGCACCGGCUCGUUCCGUCCCACGCAGGGCGCCCACCCGACGAUAGGCACCGUCGGCGCCGUCGAGCAGGUAGACGAGCUCAGGGUCGAGGUGGUCUGCAAGGGAGACGUCAUCAAGGCCGCGGUGGCCGCACUGAAAGAAUCGCAUCCGUACGAAGAGGUCGCCUACUACGUGACCAAGCUUGAGGAUUUCUGA